GUUCAUACUCUUACACUUCCACACCGCCCUGUAUUCACUGCAAAUUUGCCCGCUUACAGCUACUAAUACAUCGCUCCCUGGACACUAGACAUCUACCGUGAAAGAUCUCUUUAUCGUUUGCCUGCAAUCUACUAUAUUACCCCGCCAUCCCGCCGUUCGCUCUCCCCUCUGACGGAAACGCGCCUGAGCAACAACCGCCUUCUCUCUACGACUUGAGCCUUUGUCCCGAAGACAAACGCGAACUCUCGCAUCCUAGCUCUUACACACUUGAAUCUCCACGCCCCACCUUCCACCCACCCAUCCUACUUUGCAUCAACCACCGUUCAACCUACACAUACGAUCCUCAGCCCGAUUGCGAACGCCCCGCGUGAAUAUAUAUAUAUACCUUUGGAGGGACAGGAUGGCGUCAUCUUCUGCUGCGGCGGGGUUACUAUCACGCCAACUUAAGCAAAUGCAAAACGACAAAAGCAUAUCGGGGAUAAGCUGUGGCCUAGUAGACAGCAACGUCUUCGAGUGGGAAGUGAUGCUGAUGAUUGACGACGACACCAAGUUCUAUGGAGGAGGAUUCUUCCGAGCACGGCUGACCUUCCCGAGCGAAUACCCCCUCCUUCCGCCAAAAAUGCGCUUUGAGACGCCCAUCUUCCACCCUAACAUCUACCAGAACGGUGAGGUCUGCAUCUCGAUCCUCCACCCCCCAGAAGAAGACAAGUACGGCUACGAAUCCGCAGCCGAACGCUGGUCGCCCGUCCAAACCCCCGAAACUAUCCUCCUCUCCGUAAUAUCGAUGCUCUCCAGCCCCAACGACGAGUCUCCGGCGAACGUCGAAGCGGCGUCCCUGUGGCGCGAUAAUACACCGGAGUUCAAGAAGCGAGUGCGGAAGUGUGUUCGGGAUAGCUUGGAGUUUGAAUAAGAAGGCCAAGGAGAAAGGGCUGUUGAUGAAUUAAAUAGGCGAUAAAUAGCAUAAGCGAGCGCUCUGGUGGAUAUUGGUUCUAGGGACAUGAAUUCUUCGGGCGUGCAUGGCAGACAUCUUUUCGGGCUGGACUGGGCAAGUAUAUAUUGUGUUGAUGAUGAUACCUGCCACCCCCAAUGUGCUGGUAGGGCAAUACAUAUAUACAUAUACAUAUUGAAACAAUUUUCCAAACCAC